CACAUUCACUUGCAUUCUGAGCCAAGGUCGUGGGAUUCGAAACAUUCCAAUGGCUAUCAAGACGCUCUUUGGUGCAGUUUUAUUUCUUUUAUUAGGUGUAGGUAUCUGUUCCGCCGCUAGAGCUCUCCUCACUUUUGACGAAGUAGCUUCUCACCUUCCAGGUAUUGGACAUGGUGGUGGCACCGUUUCUGUAUAUGGUGCUGGCCUCAUUGGAGGAGUUGGGGGUUCAGGAGGUGGUGGUGGCAGUGCCUAUGCAGAUGUAGGAGGAGCUGUUGGAUAUGGAGGUGGUAGUGGUAGUGGAGAAGGUAGUGGUGCUGGUUGAGGAGCCGGUGGACAUGGAGGUGGUGGUGGCAAUGGGGGUGGUGGAGGUAGUGCGGGUGGAGCAUCUGGAUAUGGUAGCGGAGGUGGCGAAGGAGGUGGAGCUGGUAGUGGUGCUGGCUAUGGAGGAGCCGGUGGACAUGGAGGUGGUGGUGGCAAUGGUGGCGGUGGAGGUAUGGGUGGAGCUUCUGGAUAUGGUAAUGGAGGUGGUGAAGGAGGUGGAGCUGGGUAUGGAGGAGCCGGUGGACAUGGAGGUGGUGGUGGCAAUGGGGGGUGUGGCAAUGGGGGUGGUGGAGGUAGUGCGGGUGGAGCAUCUGGAUAUGGUAGAGGUGGCGAAGGAGGUGGAGCUGGUAGUGGUGCUGGCUAUGGAGGAGGUGGACAUGGAGGUGGUGGUGGCAAUGGCGGUGGUGGAGGUAGUGCGGGUGGAGCUUCUGGAUAUGGUAGUGGAGGUGGCGAAGGAGUGGGAGCUGGUAGUGGUGCUGGCUAUGGUGGAGUUGGUGGACAUGGAGGUGGUGGUGGCAUGGCGGCGGUGGAGGAGUGUGGUGGGGCUUCUGGUUAUGGAAGUGGAGGUGGAGAAGGAGCUGGCUCUGGGUAUGGUGCUGGUGGUGUUGGUUCAGGAGGUGGUGGUGGUGGAGGUGGGAGUGGUGGAGGUGGUGGAGAAGGAUAUGGCCCUGGAGGGGCACAUGGAGGUGGAUAUGGUAGUGAGAAGGAGCCGGAGGAGGUUUUGGUGGUGGUGCAAGUGGUGGCGGUGCGCGGCGGCGGCUCUGGUGGUGGAGGUGGUGGUGGAUAUGGUGCGGGAAAGGUGCACAUGGUGGAGGUUAUGGAAGUGGUAGUGGGGGUGGCAAGGGUGGUGGCUAUUACCCUUGAAAGUCCCUUAUCAGUGUUACAAUAUCCUAAGAGUAUUGAUUUUCUUACCACUAUUAUUGACAAAAAUAAAAGCAAUUUGGGUAAGAAAAUUCUCAUAUAGUUAAAGGUAUUGCAGGAAACUUCGGAAGCCGAAUGGAUGGUUUAAGAAGUUUGUAUCAUAUGAUCAUCUUUUCCUAGUCAUUUCAGUUAUAUACCAAGUAUGUGGUUCUUAUGCA